AUGUCUGCCGGUCUCCCAUCUGAUGAAGUUGUUGAUGACUACAAGAAUUCGCUGGACGAUCUUGUAACCAAUGAUCGGAUCUCCAUUGGCAACCUUACCGUCAUUGCAAAAGAGUGCAUAGAGCAUGCGCAGGCUAUUGCGCGGGUUCUCGAAAAUCACAUCUUGCGAGCUCCUCCUGCACGGAAACUGCCAGCGUUCUAUGUCCUGGACUCGAUCGCAAAGAAUGUGGGGACUCCAUACACAGUCUACUUUGGUCUGAACUUGUUUCAUACAUAUAUGAAUACUUUUGCCUCGGUCGACAACAAUGUCCGAAGGAAAUUGGAUGAGAUGCGAAAGACAUGGAGUCAGCCUGUGCCCGGAUCACAAUCUACAUAUCCGGUCUUCCAAAGGACUGUGACAUCCAAGAUCGACGAAGCAAUGGAUAGCUGGGCAAGGAAGCAAUUUCAAAACAGGCCGCCACAGAUACAAUCGAGAGGUCCCGUGGCUCAGGUUCAAGCACAACCCUAUCGAAGUACUCCCACACCGCCUCAAGCCCAGCCAGCAAUGCAUCAGAACUACUCUGGUUAUCAGCAGUAUCUGAGCGUCAACGGUGUUAGUCAGAUGAUCAACACGACCCCUUAUAGCUCCAUGCCCAAUGCUCCGGUCCAGCAGCUUCCAACCCACUACUCGCAACCACCAGCGCCAGUUCCGACACCACAGGCGUAUUUCCCUCCCCAGCAGCCAGUCGCCCAGCAGAAUUUCCAGUACGGACAACCUUCCUAUCCUACUCCUGUCCCUACCACCGUAGAUCUGGAUGCAUUAAAUCGUGACAUUGAUGAUCUGAUCGUGGAUGCCAAGAUUGGCAGCUACAGCAAUCCAAUGGAUCGAGCAUCACAACAAAAGUUAGCCUCUCUCCAAAGCUUGAAAGAAAUCGUCGAUUCAGGAACAUUGUCCCAACGCGAUCUUGGGGACGUUCGGAAAUCGAUUUCGGAGCAAUUGGCAGCACGAUCAAACCAGCAGCCCGCACCACCUUCAGUACCCACACCACAACCUCCAGUACCUUUUCCACACCAACAACCUCCAGCACAGCCGCCACCUCCUUCAACAACACCGUCGUUUCUCAAUUCAAAUAGUCUCGCAGAUCUUCUCAGAGCGACAGCACCGCAGCAUCAGCCAACACCCCCUCCAAUACAUGCCACCCCAGUUCCUCCACCUGUGACAUAUCAACAAGAUCAUCAGAGUCAUCCUGCUCCUCCACCAGCAGAAAAUCCUUUGAUAGCCCAGUUACGAGCUUCGGGAUUGCUUCCUGCAACUCCCCCCUCUCUUGGAACACCCUUCACACCACCAGUCAGCAAUAUCAAUCAUGCCAUCAACAACAACACCACCACCACGACUGUGGCUGUCAAAUUCACCUCGUCAUCCUUCAAAACCCCGAGACCUGAUCUCCUCAAAUACCUCACCGACGCUCGUCCCAACCGCUGCACCACUUGCGGCCGUCGCUUCACCUCCGAUGAUCAAAACCAAGACCCGGAUGGUGGAAGCCGAACGUCCCGCGAAUAUGAAGAUGACGAAGGCCCGCCUGAAGACACCAACGGAGAUGGGUCUAACUUCUCGCCAUCUGCAACAGGAGGCACCACAGCCAAGAACAGGAACAAAAGGGAGGCUUUCAUUCGUGUCCCCAACGAUGCCAAGAUGCGCAGCGAGCCUUGCCCGAUCUGUCAGGAGAAAUUCGAGAGUGUCUGGAGUGAGGAGUUGCAGGAUUUCAUCUGGAGGGAUGCAUUGCAAAUCGGGAACAGAGUUUAUCACGCCAGUUGUUACCAGGAAGCUACCAAGGAUAGGGAGAACAACGGGGCGACGCCUGUAGCAGGCGGGAACGGGGUGGGCACCAGAGCGAGAACGGCGACGCCGGACUCGGUUUUGGGGAAGAGAAAAGCGGCGCUGUUUGCGGAUGGAGACGGAGGUGGUGGCGGAGAUGGGAAGGCGGUCAAGGUUAAGAUGGAGGCAUUGAGCUGA